AUGGCGAUCAAGUAUUCAUCACUCGCCCUGGUGGCCAUGACUGCCUUCAUCCGGCCGGCAAUGAGCUCACCUGUUUGCUCAGAGGUAUCGUCGAGCCACCCAGCAUCGUCCAGCACGCCGCCCGCAACGACCACAACAUCAGGGGGAUUGCCUUCCUCAUGCACUUACAGGCCGCAAGCUACGACAUACACCAACGAGGGAUGCGCCUUUACGUGCCCGCCACAAUCAGCGUGGUGCAUUGCUGAUGCGUAUGUCGUCCUCCCCUGCGGCUGUGACCGCGCCGCAGUCGCCCCAACGACUAUCAGCCGGUGUCCGACAGCGAGCUACAACUGCUUACAAUGCUCGACGGGUUGGGGUAUUGCAACUGUGACCGACCCUAACUGCCCGCCGUCCUCGACUGCGACUGCGAAGCCCACACGGGCUUGA